CAUCGGUCCCGGCGCAGCCGUCCGAUCAGAUCGCAGCCAGCCGCCCCCCACACGCGCCGCGCUCAGCGCUGUACUGCUUGCUACACAAAAAAAUCGCCUUGCUCUGAGCCCCCGCUUGCUAUUAUAUCCUGAGCCCACCCAAAUCCCCUCGUCCUCCUGUUCAUUUCAUUUCCUCUCCUCUCUCCCCCCACCUCCUCCCUCCUCCUCCUUCCUCGCCGCUCGCCGUUGAAGAGGGAGGCCCUCGGGCCGGCGGGAAUGGAGGCGGCGACGAUGGCGUGGACGGCGGCGGUGGUCGGGGUGGGGCUGGUGUACUGGUUCGUCUGGGUCAUGGGCGCGGCGGAGGUGAAGGGCAAGCGGGCGGUGGAUCUCAAGAUGGGAUCCAUCACGCGGGACAAGGUGCAGGACAAGUACACGCAGUACUGGUCCUUCUUCCGCCGCCCCAAGGAGACGGCCACCACCGCGGCGUCGGCGGAGAAGGUGCCGGCCUUCGUCGACACCUUCUACAACCUCGUCACCGACAUCUACGAGUGGGGCUGGGGCCAGUCCUUCCACUUCUCCCCGUCGCUCCCAGGCCGCUCCCACCGCGACGCCACGCGCGUCCACGAGGAGCGCGUCGCCGACCUCCUCGGCGCCAGGCCAGGCCACCGCCUCCUCGACGUCGGCUGCGGCGUCGGCGGGCCCAUGCGCGCCAUCGCCGCGCACUCGGGAUCCAACGUCGUCGGCAUCACCAUCAACGAGUACCAGGUGAACCGCGCCCGCGCGCACAACCGCAAGGCCGGCCUCGACUCCCCGCGCUGCGAGGUCGUCUGCGGCAACUUCCUCUCCAUGCCCUUCCCCGACGGCUCCUUCGACGGCGCCUACUCCAUCGAGGCCACCUGCCACGCGCCCAGGCUGCAGGACGUCUACGGCGAGGUCUUCCGCGUGCUCAAGCCGGGCGGGUUCUACGUCUCCUACGAGUGGGUCACCACCCCGCUGUACCGCGCCGAGGACCCCGAACACGUCGAGUGCAUCCACGGCAUCGAGCGCGGCGACGCGCUCCCGGGGCUCCGCCGCCAGGACGAGAUCUCGUCCAUCGCCAAGGAGGUCGGCUUCGAGGUGGUCAAGGAGCAGGACCUGGCGCUUCCCCCCGCGCUGCCCUGGUGGACGCGCCUCAAGAUGGGCCGCGUCGCCUACUGGCGCAACUCCCUCGUCGUCCGCGUGCUCACCAUGCUCCGGAUCGCGCCCAAGGGUGUCUCCGAGGUGCACGAGAUGCUGUACGAGACCGCGCAGCACCUCACCCGCGGCGGCGAGACCGGCAUCUUCACGCCCAUGCACAUGGUGCUCCUCCGCAAGCCUGUCUCCACCGAGGAGGCGAAAUAGUGUAAGAUUACACAUCACCACCCAUCAAUUACUACUACUCACCCACCGCAAGAGGGAGAGGGAGGAAGGAAGAAGAUGCAGGAGAAAUAAUUUAUCUGGCAGAAGCAGCAGAGGUAAGAAGAAGAAGAAGAGCAGGCUACUCGGCGACUUGAAGAAGUAAAAUUUGAUCUGUUAGAGAAGAAGAUACUACUAGGAACCAUGCUUCUCUGGUUUACUCUUUUUUCUUGUUAUUACUAGUAGCUUUCAAUUUUAAUUUUAGUUUUUUGGUGGAAGGAUUAUUCAGGGGGGCGAGGUUGGGGUUUAAAUUUAAAUUUGUUUUCGCUUGCUUAGAUCGGUGGAGAUCCAUCUAUCAUCUAUCAUCAUCUUCAUCAACCAUGUUUUGUCUGCAACAAUACAUUGGAAUUGAAUUCCCUAAUUGUCAGUAGUGCUGCUGCGGCCCUGCUCGCUUAUGGCUU